UGGCUGUGGAGUAAGGUGGCUGAGGACUUGUAUGUGUGUGAGUGCGUGCGGGUGGAAGGACACAUCCUCCCCUUGGAGAGAAAGAGAAAACAGAGAAAGAGAGAAAGGAAGAAGCAGCUGCUCUCCAGUAACAGGGUAAGACAAUUCCACCCGACUGAACUUGAGCUGACUCUUACUGUAACUGACCUAGAAACCACCCCCCAAACAGUUGUAUCUGUUGAUAAAGAUGCUAAUUGAUACGAUAAUUUGCAACGUAAUCUUUCAUUAUUGGGGUAUUUUUUUGACCUGCUGUUGUACAGUAUUUCAACUGUUUCUUGUUCCAUAACCUUUGAACUUUGAACUACAGUGUGUUCAGCACGAGUUCUGCAUUCCUAAAGGGGAUUAACUGAUAACAAUCAAAUCGUGUCUGACGACCUAAAUAAACAGAUCCUGUGUGAUUAUUCCACUGCCAAAACAAAAGCUUACAGAUAAACUUCAAACUGUUUCUGUAAAAACCCACUGUGCACUCAUCUAGAAAGAGGGAUGAUUGCCAUUACAGUGUUUGCCUUUCAUAAGUUAUCCUUCAUUAUCAUCUAAUAAAACUGCCUUUGGUAAACAACACUACUCUGUAUAUAAAGCAUAAUGCUGGUUGUGAAUAUGAUCAGUGUAAUCGCUGAUCAUUCACAGGACAAUCAGGUUUCAUAACGGCUGUUUGGUUAAAAUACCUUUAUCAAAGGGAUAGCACAAAAUCAAUGAGCUCUGGUUCAUAUUGCUUUUGACUAGUACACAGAGAUAGAUUAUAGGGGGUACCUCUCCACCUUAGUCCCUCCAUUAUCAACAGGUACUAUUCCAUGUGUUCACUGCACUGCUGUGGUGUGGGGAGCAUGGCUGCUGAAGUGUCAGGUCCCCUGGGCUUGUGUUAUUUGGCUCACUGAGGAGUCCCUUGGCUCUCAUUGUGCAGUGGUGUUACGUAGGUCUUAUCAGUCACACUUCCUUUUUAUAGAGGAUUUUUCCAGGGAGGGACCAUGUUGGUACCUGGUUUCUAUUUACUUACAUGGUAAGUAAGCAGCAGUGGAGGCUGCUGAGUGGAACGGAGCAAAUGGAAUGGCAUAGAACGCAUAGAAACCAUGUGUUUGAUGUAUUUGAUACCAUUCCACUGAUUCCGCUCCAGCCAUUACCACGAGCCCGUCCUCCCCAAUUAAGGUGACACCAACCUCCUGUGGUAAGCAGGUAAUAAUAAGAUGUUAAGAUAUUCUAUAAUUUGAACUUUUUACAAUAAUUUAUAUUAAUUUAUAUAUUUCUUUGUUUAUUGUUCUUUAGAAAUUCAAGUCUAUUUUCACAGCCAAUUCCAGUGAAUGAUUCACUCAUUGCCUACGGGCGAAAUCUAUUUAGAUUCAAAUGGCCCGAAUUCAUUUAUGCUCCCGAACCAUUUAAUGAGAUUAUUUUAUUGAAUGCGUGGUGCUGUAAAAAGUUAAUGGUUUCCUCUUAUCUACACAGUAGCUCAGCUGUGGGGUUCCAUUAUAGCCUUGGGGGACCAGCCUGCCAUGCUGACGUCACUACAGGCACUAGAGCACCUGAUGUGUCGCAUCCGUAGCUGUGUGUGAGGUCUAAAAGGUUACACAAGUUCAUCGUCUCAUUAAACAGUAAUACACAGGCUUAUCCUCGCCAGAUCCAUAGAUCAACAGAGCCAUGGAUAGCCAGCCAUCCUAUACAGUGUCCUGGCUUGAUUUAGAAUCUCAGUGGACACCAUGUUGACACUAAAAGUUACACCUGAGACAUUGAUACUUCUAGUUACAAUGCAAAUUAGAAUGUUUUAAUCAUGGAACAUUUGGUGCCAACAAGGAGGAUAGUUAGCUGAACUCUACCACAGAGCUCCUACAUAGUAUACAGAUGCCGUGUCUUAAUUUGAGCCAGUUAAAACAGCAUGAAUAUAAUCCUACAGCAACAGGACAUGUGAAUUGUUAUUUGGAUUAUAAUUAAUGGACAUGUUUUGUAGGGGUUAAUACAUUUAUCAUUAGGGCAAAUCAAGUCUGAAGUUUUUAAGUGGAAAUUACAAUUCCUGCAACAACAGAUUAAUAUACGGCAUCUGUACUGUGCUGUUUGUAGCCAGCUGGAUCAGGACUGGCCAGCCAGCUUCAGUAAUAUCCUGUAGCUGCAGGAUAGGAUUUCACCAGAGACAGCACCCCUGCUGUUCUCUAUUGUUGGGCUUGUUCUCUGCAGAUAUCCAUUCUGCUGGGCACCAGGGUACAAGGCCUGGUUGCCAUGUGUGGUUCAGUAGUUGGGUUGCUCAGUGGGCUGCACCGACCUUUAGUCUUCUACUCUGCAGAGCGAUUAUUUUCCAGUUGGCAACUAGAUACAGAGCAGGGUUGCUGUAUUAGACUGGGUUGCUGUAUGGGGUUUGGUGGCUGGGUUCAGUGCACUAACCUUUGUAUCCCUCUUCUCCCUGAGUUCUCCCUGCUUGUAUACGUCUUGGAGAAAGAUGGAUUGGAGGAGUUUGGGAGUGCUUAGAACCUUGGUGAACCACUGGUUUUUGUUGUCUUCUUUCAGACAUUGUGUGUGUGUGUGUGUGUGUGUGUGUGUGUGUGUGUGUGUGUGUGUGUGUGUGUGUGUGUGUGUGUGUGUGUGUGUGUGUGUGUGUGGAUGAUGAGUCUGGGAAAGGUUGAACUCAGGUCAUGUUUAAUUUGUCUCCUUGUUAUUUAAUGUCACAUCACGUCAUCAGUGGACUGCUAGGCAACUCCUAUUCAGUUCCAGGCGCAAAGUCAACAUAGGAGCUGAAAGCCUCUUGUCUGGUCGGCUUGUUCUAAUCAAACGCUCCAUAAUAUCUGCCGAAAGAGAAAUGCUGUUGAAACUAAUUGGAGCUGCUGACACAAUAUCACUGAACUGGCAAACUUGACUUGAGAAAAUGUUACAUCAAAUUAAAAGAGCUUAUUUAUUAACUAUAAAUAGCUAGAACAAUGACAAUAGCAAAGCUAAUAUCUAACGCCUGAUAUAAAGUAAACCAUUUAUCAGGUUUGUUAGGUUUCAUAAACGUUGCCAACAUGCUCUUAGUUUAGAGGUGUUAUCAGCUGGUUCAAGGAAAAGGGUGUGUGAAACUAUUUAUUAUCAAUGAAGAGUCUUUGUCUCUGGAAAGACAAAGUUGGCUGGAUAAUAAAAUGUGAUAUUAUUAAAUAGGAUAAUAAAUAUGUUAUUAAAAUAGGACAACUCCAAAAUCUGUGUUGACAGACAAUGUUUAAAACAUAUAUUGUUAUUUAUUUAUUUGUUUGAUUGUUUUGUAUUUUUGACAGUAGAGCAGGAAAUGUAGAGGGAGACAGCUAGAAGGGGCAUAGACAGAGGGUGGCCGAGACAGGGCUCCAACCCACAUCACCAGGGGGGCAUAUAGAGGUAUAUCUGACAGUGUGUGUACAGUACUCAGGCAUUAAGACUGAGGCUAGUCCUGAAAGCACACUUUGUCCUGGGAGGGAGUGGUGUGAUAGAGGUGAGCUGUAACCUGCAGUCUACUGGCUCCUGAAUGGCUCACAAGAAUAGCCAUUGUUCAAACAGAACCCUCUGGCGUUGCUAAAUACGAUGUCGUUGAAUGAUUUUUGUCUUGCCCUGUCUCUCUUCCUAGGUAAGAGCAGCUAAAUCCAGUCUCUGCCAUGGAUACUAACGCUGGGGAAGGGGAGGGAUCAGGAGAAGAGCUUACAGGUAGAACACACCUGUUUUCUUACUUUUUAAAGGAUUGACAUGCAUAAACCAAUGUAAACAGACAUACGUAGCUAGCAAAUCAUUCAUUAACAAUACACCAUUCAUACAUACACAUUGCAUUAUGCAAUGCAAACAGGAAUGAACUUCACAGCAAGUCUCUUGUCUGACUCUGCAAACAAAACCAAGUGUAGGACAGUAACUUUGUGGUGGUUUCAGGGAGGAAGAAGUCUCGGUUCAAGCAGCUGAAGAGUCGUCUGUUUGGCCGUCUGAAGUGGAAGGAGACCGAAGGACUGAUAAAGCAGAGCCAGUCCGCAAGUGAUGUCACUGCUGAUGUCAUAGCUCCGGGGGUCGACGACUCAGAGGAUGACUGUCUGUAAGCGUCUGACCUCUUUCACUCACUGGAAAUAGUACCAUAUCAAGUUUAUAAGUAGCAUGCUCACUGGGAAAUAUGUAGUAAACAUGUUUGUGACCUGUGUCACUUACAGGGGCGGUCCGAAGACACUGGGGUCCAGAGCUCUGUCACAUGACAGCAUCUUCCUGGCUGACCAAUCACAGAGCUCCUCUGAGCCGACAAGGAUUCUGUCUCAGGAGAACGUACAUGGCAGGAUACGAGAACUGCAGGUGAGUCUGUAGGUGGGAGGGUCCUUGUAGUCUAAACUACUGUUGUGAUUGGUCCUGGAGUGUGCUCAUCACACAUGGACUGUUUCUGAUUGGGCAGCUGAAGCUGCAGCAGCAGAACAUGCGUCUGGGCCCUCCCCCCUUGCUGAUCCCUGGGAAGAGACUGGAAGAUUCCGGAGCCACCUCUGAGGAUGAUGGUUUGCCCCAGAGCCCUCCAGAUAUUGUGUUCCAUGACAGAACAGCACAGGGGCCUUCCUACAAGGUGAUUGGGGCUGAUCACAUGCACUGCACACACAUAGAUACAAUUUAUCUAACUUGUAUUUAACCAGGACAGUCUCAUUGAGAUAACAUCUAUUUUUUAGAGAACAAACCUUGUUGUAGUCAGGAGUGUCUAUUGGUACAUUUACAAACAAAACACAAUGUAAUCAUCAUUAUCAUCAUCAUCAUCAUCCUUCUUCAUUACUCUUCCACCAUCAGUGUGACUGACUGAUUGACACUGUUCCCUCCAUUCCAUCCCCAGUUCCCUGACACUCACAGGCACCAUAGCUCUCUGAGUUUAGCAGGGACAGGAAGUGAGGAAGAGGAGCAGGUGAUGCAACUUCCUGUCUGUAUUACACCACAUCCCACAUUCACAUACUGAUCAUCCUAACAACCUUCACCGAAAACAUGUUUGUUGGGUCCAUUACAGUUGUUAAUGUGCUUUUCUACUUUCUCCUCAGUGCCUCUCCCAGCCCUCGUCCCGUCCUCUCUCCCCGAAUCCUGCUUCCCUCUGUGAUCCGGAGCCCUCCCCUGCAGUGGACUUCACCAGCCCAGCCCAGUACACUCCCAGUCUGGACAGCUCUGCUGCCCGUCACCGCAUGUCUGUCAAACCCAGGAACCAGAGGGCCAGCGCCAAGGGAAGGAAAGGUCCCCCGGUAAGAUUUCACUGUAUAAUGUAACACCAAAACACCACAUAGUGGGCACUGGGCAGCAUUUCAAUCUCUAAUACUUCAAUUACAGUCAACUCCUGAGUGGCGCAGUGGUCUAAGGCACUGCAUCGCAGUGCCAACUGUGCCACUAGAUCCUGGUUCGAAUCCAGGCUCUGUCGCAGCCGGCCGCGACCGGGAGACUCAUGGGCGGCGCACAAUUGGCCCAGCGUCGUCCAGGGUAGGGGAGGGAAUGGCCGGCAGGGAUGUAGCUCAGUUGAUAGAGCAUGGCGUUUGCAACGCCAGGGUUGUGGGUUCGAUUCCCACGGGGGGCCAGUAUAAAAAAAAUAUGUAUUCACUAACUGUAAGUCGCUCUGGAUAAGAGCGUCUGCUAAAUGACUAAAAUGUAAAUGUAAAAUAUAAGACCACGGUUUAAGGGGCUGUUUAUCUUGUCUGUGUCAUUACUAGAGAGCAAGCAGACCUUGCUCAGAGAGCCUGAGUGAUCUGGACCCAGAUCAGCCCCUGUCUGGGAGGGAGGAAGAGCAGGACGGAACGGAGGACGAGGACAGAGAGGAAGAGGAGGAGAGGGAGCGACCGUUCUCUUCAUCUCCAGAAGACUCUGAGGAGAAGCCCUGGCAGUCAGUACCCCCUGGUGGUCAGAAAGCGGUAUUACAGAGACAAAAGUCCUCCGAACCAGAGGGACGCGUCACCACCAACCCUCUCUACUGCCAGGAUAUGUCCUUAGUGGUAGACCUCUCCUCUGUUCCAGAGCCCAUGACCAAGAACUACAUCCUGGAGACCCCUAGCCAGUCCUCUUCCCCUUCAGCAGCAGUGGAGGAGCCACAGAAGCCCCAGGAACCUAUCCGGAUCAAACAACCCAGUACAGUCAUCCAUACACACCCAAGUCAAGACAAGAGAGACAUCCAGGAUAAUUCAGACCAGGGAAGUCGGCCUGGGUCUACAUCUGAAAAUACCCUCUCCAGGCCUCUCAGUCCUGUGUAUGGAUCAGAUAAUGUCACUUCCACCACAAAUCAACUGCCCUCAAAAGAGAAGCCAGAAGAGAAUAUGACCCCAGCCACCUCUAACAAAAGAGACAGGUUGAGCAGAAACACACAGGGUCUGAGCCUAGCAGACACCAGCAGCUCUACACACCGCUCUGCUCUACCUACCCCUGCCCCUCGCGUUAUAAAACAAACACAGAGACCUGCUUCUGAGAGAGAGUCUGUCAGAGAAACUACAGCAGUCCCACCGUCGGGCGUUAAUGAAGAAACCUCCAAAUUGGACCUGGUGCAGAGGAUUACAGGGCCACCUACUGGCCAAGAAGACACACUGCCUGGAGCAAACAGUUUCUCCACCUCCUCCUUGAGACAGCGUUCCAAGAGCGUCGCUGGCAGUGCCCACACAGGGACGAGAGACGAGGAGAUGAAUGGAGAAGGAAAGGGAGGGGAGGGUUUGGUGGCCAAGAACCCUGAUCAGGGCUCUGUCCGUAGGCAAGGGGUAAAACCAGAGCAGGCCACAUUUAAAGGCCUGGAGGAAAACCAAUCACAACCCUCGCCUCAGGAGAGAAAAGUAAAAACAGAGGUAGAAGUAGUGGAGGAGACAGGACUGAAGGGAGGAGAGAAAAGGGAUGGACAGAGCGAGAGAAAGGAGGAGAAUGAUCAGGAGCUGGGGAGGAGGAGUGCUUUCGGAGUGAAGCUGCGCACAACUUCUCAGUCUCUGAAGUAUCGCUUGCAAAGGGACCAAGAAUUCAGGGUUGAGAGUCAUAGUGUGGAGGUCAUCGCCACGACAACUGCAGAACCAGUCAAAGGUGAAAUUGACACAAGUUCAAAGAUCAGGGGUGACUUUGCAAAUAAGGCUUUGAGGAAGGGCCCCUCACAAGUGUCAGACUGCCCCCCCUCGUCCACUGCCACCCCCCCAUACACCCCUGACAGAAACAGACUCAAAGAGAACCAAGGUACGUAUGUCCUCCAAAACGUCGUAGAUGGUUCAGCUGAGAAGUUGAGCCUCGCGCUUCAACGCUCUGAGUUGUUGAGGAAAUUGACCCACUAUGCUGUUUACUUUCUGCAUCUACGUCAUAUCGCUGAGUCUAUAUUUAAUAACUAUUACCUUGGACUAUGCACUAACUAACUUUGCACUAACAAGGUGUUCUAGCUCACAAGGGUUCAGCUAUGUCAGUCUACUGAAGGCCCUCUUCAAUAGCAUGUACUCACCUCUAGGCACUGUCUUGGUUCUAUCCUUAGAUGGUGAUGAUACUGACCUGGUAGUAGAUGCCUUUUUAAGCCCAGGUAACAUAUCUACAAAACCACUUAACACUUCUCUAAUGAUAAUCCACCGGUAGUUACAGUAUAAUGAGCACUUCUGAAUCAGAGUGGGCAAUUUCCACUCCAAUCAAAACUGGAUCCAGAUGUGUAUAAUUAUAUGUGCCCUCUGUAAUUACUGGGACAGUGAAGUAUUUUUUACUUCCUUUGGCUCUAUAAUCCAAAAGUUUGGAUUUGAAAUGAUACAAUGACUAUGAGGUUAAAGUGCAGACUUUCAGCUUUCAUUUGAGGGUAUUUUCAUCCAUAUCAGGUGAAACGUUUAAAACUUACAGCACUUUUUGUACAUUGCCCCUCCAUUUUAGGGGCGCAUAAGUAUUGGGACUAAUUCCCUUAUAUGUUUAUUAAAGUAGUAAAAAGUUAAGUAUUUGGUACCAUAUUUCUAGCACGCAAUGACUACAUCAAGCUUGUGACUACAAACUUGUUGGAUGCAUUUGCUGUUUGUUUUGGUUGUAUUUCAGAUUAUUUUGUGCCCAAUAGAAAUGAAUGGUAAAUAAUGUACUGUGUCAUUUUGGAGUCAGUUUUAUUGUAAAUAAGAAAAUAAUAUGUUUCUAAACUUCUACAUUAAUGUGGAUGCUACCAGGAUUACGGAUAAUCCUGAAUGAAUCGUGAAUAAUGAUGAGUGAGAAAGUUACAGAUGCACAAAUAUAAUAGCCCCAAGACAUGCCAACCUCUCAACAUUACAAUUUUUGUACGUUUCUCACUCAUCAUUAUUCACGAUUCAUUCAGGAUUAUCCAUAAUCAUGGUAGCAUCCACAUGAAUGUAUAAGUGUUUAGAAACAUUCUAUUCUUAUUUUCAAUAAAAGUGACUCCAAAAUGACACAAUAUUUACCAUUCAAUUCUAUUGGGCACAAAUAAUCUGAAACACAACCAAAACAAACCGAAAAUGUACAAUUUUGUAACCACAAGCUUGAUGUAGUCAAUGCUGAUAGUCUGCACUUCAUAGUCAUUGUUUGAUUUUAAAUCCAAACUUUUGAAGUAUAGAGCCAAAAGAAGAAUAAAGAAAAUGCUUUACUGUCCCAACACAUACAGGGGCACUGUAUAACACUGCUUCUAAAAAGAUCUCUGUUUCACCUCAAUCAUAAUAUUGCCAAUAUCGACCAAACCAAAUUAACCACAAUAUAAAUAAGGAUGAUCUGAUGAAAUCAUGGAUUCACAACUCCAGUCCUCAAACACCACAGUAUCUUUUAAAUACACUUUAAAUAAAGUUGGAUUUGAUUUAAAUAAUGUCACCCAUUGUUCCUCAGACAAAGGCCCAUCAUCCAGACCUGCUCUGAGAGGGGCUGAGACCCCUGGGUCUAAUGGGUCAGCUGGAUCAGAGCCUGUCUGGAUGUCCAUGGCCCGGGAGAAGACCAGGAGUCUCCAACAGCAUCUCACUCCAGAGACAGAGCAUGGGACAGGGGGGACAACAACGCCCCAGUACACCCCAUCACCACGGCCAGCUCCAACCCCAGCCCCACAGCCUAGAUUACAACCAACAGCUCAGCCAUCAACACAACCUCCAUUACAAUCACAGCCAAGCACAAAAACAGCCUCACAAAAACAAACAUCACCCCCAGUGGUACAACUACCCUCUCAACCAAUACCAAGGACUAGACCAAUCCUACGGGGAUUGCAACUGACAGCUAAACUCAAAACAUUACCUUCAGAACAGCCUAACACACAAACAGCAUCAAAACUAACACCACAAGGAACAGCUCAACAGCUGACACAACCGUCCUCCCAGCCUCACAUGCCAACCAGACCAACUCUACGAGGAGCGUCUGAGAGAUCCGCCACGUCUCUAAAGAGAGCCGAGAAGAUGCCUGUGGAGAAAUGGACAGACAGAGCACUCUCGACUGGGACUAUGGUAAAUAUUUGACUUGUCAGUGCUUUGUGCCCCCACUAGGGACAGAUGUUUUUCCUGGUCAGCUCACGUGGUGAGGAAAAACGACUGACUCAAUCAGAGUAAGUCUUCAUUUUGUAACUAAGAUGUAAUGUGGCCAGUUUAGUUAGUAAUAUGUCAACUCUGUAUUUUAUCUUAGGGGGAAUCUGGCAAUGGUCAAAUUGAGAUUCAAAUCGCAAAGCCUGAGAUAUCUUCUUUAUCACCCCCUACAUCGUCAUCAUCAUUGUCACACCGGGGCCAGCCAACCUGGAUGGAACUUGCCAAGAGGAAAUCUCUGGCCUGGAGUGACAAGACUAUGGACUAAGAGAAAUGCACUUGUGUGUGUGUGUGCGCUCGUGCGUGUCUGUGUGUGUGUGAGGGAGGUAAGGGGGUUGCUAAAGAGAGUAAGAAUAAGAUAAAAUAAUGAUUUGGUGCUGACUGUAUAAUUUGAACCUACUAGAUUCAGAGUAUGAGUUGAAAACCUCUUUCCCAUUUCUGUGCCUUACUCUUCCAAUCAUGAAAUAAAAAAACUAAUUAUAUUUCACGUUGGCCAGACUGAUGCUAUACUCCUGCAUAUAACAACACUACAUCCUCAACCAAGAGGUCUGGACCUUUAUGGCACAGGAGGGAAUACUCCUGUAACUUGUUGGUUACUGGUUCAAACUCUGCUUCAGUUUUUUCACUACUUUUGACAUAUCACUCCAUGCUAGAUCCCUUCUAGUUUUAUAUCUACUGUCUCAAAGUGUUGUCUGGAAUAAAAUAUUGUCAAUUGUA